UGCAACUUGAUUCGAAUGUUCUUUUCUUUCUUCUUCUCUUGCAGGGGUUUUUUCAAUAAUAAUUGGAACUAUAACCCAAAUCCGCAAUAUAACACUCGAUAUUCACAACGCUAUUUUGGGAAACCCAACUGGCAACGCAAUAACAGUCGGAACAAUUCGGAUUCUUACAAUUCCAAUGACAGACACAACUAUCGAAAUAAGAAUUAUUACGGAAAACGCGAGAGUCCCAAAAGAACUGAUUAUCAUAGACAUUUAAGAGAAAGGCAUUUCAAGUUGCAAGCAACUGAAGAAGAAGCAACAGAAGAACAACAACUAGAAGAAAACGAAUUGCCACAAACUAAACCAGUGAAUAAGGAAAAUAAUAAAAAAGAAAACAAGAUUAAUAAGUGUCGAGUAAGACUCAGAAGAAGCGAAGUACGAUCAUCUAAAGAAGAACAACCAGCAAACUGUAAAGAAAACCAGCAAGCAGAAGAAAGCAAUCAACAAAAGAGUCAAGACGAACAAAAGAGUACAAAACCGGAAGCAGACAACAAGCGAAAGAGGAUCAAUAAGAGACGUUUAAGCUUUAAGGAUAAAGAUAAGGAAGACAACGAGAAACCAGACGAGCCGCAGGCAAAUAAAGUGCAACAGAAUAGUCAAGAGGAAAGCUCACAAAAAGAGAUCAGCAAGAGGAAAGUAUUACUCAACACUCCCUAUCCAAUCAAAAUAUUGCAAGCAGCAGCCAAAGAGCAGUCGACAGCAGUUGAGUUAGUUGGGGAACCAAAAACUUCUUCCUUGAUACAAGUGCGACCCUUAAACGAGCUGCUCAGUGCAGAAAUAUUCAGCGAGCAGCUGCAUAGCGAUAUUACGCAUACGCCCCCCGUUGCAAGUGAGACAACAACAACAAGAACUCCGCCUGCCAUUCAGGCGCGUCGUCAAACUGUGUGUCACAAUGGCGGGGACAGCAUUAACGAUCGUCUGGCCAACAUGGACAAGGCAGCACUCAAGUACAUAAUCAACAACAGCGACACGAUCUACAACGAGCAUCUCAAGUCGCAGGCGCGUCGUCGACAACGCGAUUGCUUACGCAGGCAGCUUAAGGAUAUUGAGAUCGAGCCGCCGAAGGAGACGCUGCAAACCGAGCUGGUCGAGGACGAUAUUGUGGAUGCACUGGAUUUGCCACAACUGUUGCUGCAGCAGAUUGAAGAUUGCCUGAAUUUCAACAGCGGAGAAACGCAAACGCAGAAGGAAUCCACAGAGACAGUGGAGAAACCAAACGAUAUCGAGGUGAAGACUGAAGACCAACUGGAGGAAGAAAACGAUAUCGAGGUGAAGACUGAAGACCAACUGGAGGAAGAAAUGGAUUUGAUGACACGCUUGGAGUUGGCCAAAAAAUUCAAGGCCAUGACUGCGAAGAAGUCAAGCAAAACACCAAAGAAGGAAAGUCACAAAACGCAAAGCGAGUCAAAGGAACCUGAAAAACUGACAGCCAAAAAACAAAUCUCUGGCGCUUGCAUUGUGCUCAGUUCGUCCUCCGAAGAUGAGCAGGAAGAAGAGCUGGAAGAGACAAAGCCAACAGCCACUGACGAUGAUAGAGAAGCAGAGCAAGUCGACUCCAACGAAGCUGAUUUGCAACGCGACGCAGCUGAAGUUAUCGCUAGCUUUGAGCAGCACAUGCUGCCGCAGUUGAAAGGAUCGCUGGCCAAUUGCUAUCGCAGCAAUCGCAGCGCGAAUGUGCAGAGCAAACUGCACUUUAUCUCCUGUAUGGUGACCAGUCAACAGCAUAAUCCCAACAAGUUUAGCAAGCGUGUUGUGGCUGAAAUACAACAGAAUCUUCGACAGUCGAACAAUCGCAUGGCCAUCGAUUUUCUUGCCAAGGAAAUCGAGAAUCUGCUGAAGCUGCAACCGACUAAUGAGUCCACAAAUGAGCUUAACUCGCAGCAGCAGCCGGCACAUCAAAGCAACGUCGAGUCAGCGGAAUCAGAGCGCGCUUCAUUGCCGCCAACGCCACCCCGCAAUGCCACACCGCCGAGUCAUGUGGCAAGUGCCACCACACAGCCGUUGCAAGCAGCCGCACCGUUGCUGGGCAUGUCCUUUCUGCAACUGGAUGCCGCCUUGCCGCGUCUCUCGCCGGGACUUUAUCCGCUGCCGCUGGAGAACAAACAGCUGCCAAUUGGCGACUCUGUGAUGCAGAAUCUGCUGGAGAUUGAUCGCCGGCUGUUGGAGUAUCAGAAUCGUCGUGGCUUCCUCGAGGAGAUGAUACUCAAGUUUCAAAAGGAAAAGAGCGAUCUGGAGAUGGUCAGUUUGGAGCUGAUGAAUCGCAAGUAUUUGCUGCUCAAUACAAUAAUCACAAGAAAUCAGGCAGCUGCCACACCGCCGCCUGGCGUUACGCCUGUGAAUUCGCCUCCGCCCAUGGUUGCCACAACAGAGCGUGCCACAUCGCCGAUGCCAGUGAAAAAGCGUUCGCGACGCACAAUUAUAGUGCGGCAUGUGAAGAUGUUGCGCAAACAUGGCAGUCGAGUGCGUGGCAAGCCACGCAAAAAGGACAAAAUCGAGCAGAAAUCACAGCCGAAAACUGCAGAGCAGUCUUCAGAGGAUUCGCAGCAAAUCAAAUUGGAGUCAGAGCCUGUUGCAACUGCCGCUCCAAAGCGAGCUUCAAUUGAUGCACCAGAAGUUGUGCCUGCCAAACGCAACUGUCAACAACCACUGGCUGUUAUACCACCGUUACCACCUCCGCUACCUACCUUUUCAGAUCCCAUCGACAACUCAACCGAUGAGUUGCCAUUGAAAUCCAUGCCAGAGAAUAGCAACUUUAUACCCAGCGGUCGCUUGUUCAGCAUCAAGAGUCCCAUCUCACAGAUUGUGGUUCACAAGAUGCGCAUCUUUGCCGCCUCAGAGAGCGGUGAUCUCUAUGUCUUCAACGCAGAAAAUCACAAGCUGGAGCAGCACAUCGUCAAGCACAGCGAUGCCAUCACCAACAUGUUUUUCUGCGAGAAGGAAUCCUGUUUGUAUACCACAUCACUGGAUGGCUUCUUUAAAAAGUCAUCGCUGGGGAAUCUGGAAAGUAUGCUGCACACGGGUUAUCUGAAGGAGCCGCUGCAAUCUAUUGAUAUCAAUUGGGGCAUUGCAUAUAUUGGCAGCCGUUGGGGCAACAUUUACACCUACAACGUUGCGGCCAACAAGUUGAUGGACGUGCCGCUGUUGUUCACGGGACAGUCGAUAAUUGCCAUCAGAGCCAUCAAGGAGGGAGCACGUCAAAUCAUCAUGUUUGGCUGCAAGGGAAACACUGUGUUUCUUCACGAUGCAGCCUCUGGACUGCUUUUGCGUCGUCUAAGCAUACCGGAAGGUCUAAAUGUGUAUAGCUUAAUUCUGAGCGAUGGACAUGUGUUUUGUGGCACACAGAAAAAUGAAGUGUUCAAAUUCGACUUUGCCACCGGCAACAUAUGCAAUAUUUCCAACUGUGGCAACGGCGCCGUUUCAAUGGCAGCGUAUGGCGAACGAUUUCUGCUGGUUGGCUGCUAUGAUGGUUUUAUCUAUGUGCUCGACAAGGAGACGGGACUGCGUUUGGGUCGCUUCAAGGGCUGCGGACGUUUGGUGCUGGCUUUGGCCGUCGCUGGCGAUAAGGUCAUUUGUUCGUCUAAGGAUAACUCUUUAGAAAUAUUGGAAAUACCAGCGGAAAUAUUGAAUCCACAAAGCAAAUAAACAGCAUUUGUUUUCUUUUAGUUGUAAAGUUUCAUGCAACAGUUGACUUGGUUAAUAAGUCUUUUUUAAUACGCGCCAAUCAAAACCACAUCCGUCAUCUUUCGUGACAAUUUCUUAGUUUAAAACUAAGAAAUUUGUGUCAGCGACAAUUACAUUUGUUUUUUGAAGAAUAUUUCUUCGUCGAGAACAAUAAAAUAAAAUUGAUAAAAUGAAAAUUAAGUUUAAUUUAAAAAAAGAGCAAAUGUCGUUUUUGAUUUCUUUUGUUUCUGUUUUGUAUACUGUAGAAUUACGUAUUGUUUGUCCAAUUGUUUAGCCAAUUUGUCUUAUUUUAAGGAAUUUGCGGCACACGCAACGGACGCACAUUCGUCUGCAUCUGGUGCAGCUUCUGGUUGAUCUUAUAUGUGUGAUCCUUCAGAUAACUGAUCAGAUCCGCUUGCCUCUCGAGCAGCUCAGCAGUGUCGCCUCCCGGCUGCAUGAGACCCAAAGAGCCGCUGGCACGAUCU